UCUAAUUUCACAGGUUACUAAAAGUUGAUCCCCGAACCUCACUUCCUCGUGAAAAAAAAGCGUGCUAACUUUUUUUCGCACCUCGAAAAGAAAACAAAGGAAUAUGUCACUCACCGGAACCGUCUCAACCGUAAUCCUGGGCUUAGUCCUGGUCGGAGGCGCAGUUUACGGAAGAAUGGCCUAUCAGUUGCCCGAUGGGUCAGACUUGCUCCUUGGUGCCCAGCUCAGAACCACCUUCGACUGCUCAGGUCGGAUUUACGGAUACUACGCCGACGUGGACAACAACUGCCAGAUCUUCCACGUGUGCUACCCGAUUGCCGAUGGCAAUGGACAGAUCAUCGAAACUGCGCAGUUCAGCUUCCUGUGCCCCAACACGACCCUGUUCAGCCAAGACACAUUGACCUGUUCGCACCCGGAAUUCGCUUUACCCUGCAACCAAGCGCCGAGUUUCUUCGACAGCGUCAACGCGGAAUUCGGACGGAUCCCAACAAGGAAUUGA